CCUCUAGCCAAAACCGAUCCCUGACCGUACCGCGCGCAUCUGCGCUGUGUGCAGCCUGUAUGUUACAGCAGCACAGCAGCAAUAGCCUUUAAAGAAAAAGAAACUAGUGUCCUUCGUGGAAACAGCACCGACAGGUAUAUCUAGUCGUCUCAAGGUUAUUUUACAAUUACUCCAAACAAAUAAAAUGGUUCAAGCCAAAACAUGGGUCCUGAAACAACACUUCGAGGGAUUUCCAAAAGACACAGACUUUGAGCUGAAGAUAGUGCAGCUCCCUGAGCUUAAAGACGGAGAGGUUCUUUUUGAGGCUGUGUUCCUUAGUGUGGACCCUUAUAUGCGACCUUUUAGCCGUUUUCGAAUGCAAGCUGGAGAUGUGAUGAUUGGAACUCAAGUGGCUAAGGUGAUUCAGAGUAAUAAUCCUGCAUUUCCUGUGGGCUGUCAUGUGAUUGGUCGAUCCGGAUGGAGAACACAUAGCGUGUCAGAUGGGAGUGAUAUCACUCGAAUUUUGGCUGACUGGCCUGAGGACGUCUCCUUGUCACAUGCCCUUGGAGCCAUUGGCAUGCCAGGGCUGACUGCACUCUAUGGUUUGGAGGAGGUCUGUGCCAUUAAAUCAGGAGAAACCCUACUGGUGAAUGCAGCCGCAGGAGCAGUGGGCUCUGUCGCAGGUCAAAUAGCCAAACUUAAAGGUUGCAAGGUUGUGGGUUCGGCAGGUAGUGAUGACAAGGUGGCUUAUCUAAAAGAGUUGGGCUUUGAUGAGGCCUUUAACUAUAAGACUGUCUCCUCACUGGAGGAAGCACUGAAGAACGCUUCACCUGAGGGAUAUGACUGCUUCUUUGAGAAUGUGGGUGGUUAUUUCUCCAGCGUUGCUAUUCCGCAGAUGAAGAAUUUUGGCCGUAUUGCUGUGUGUGGGGCAGUAUCCCUGUAUAAUGACAGCAACCCUCAGACAGGACCUUAUCAACAGCUAACCAUGAUUGUUAAGCAACUGAAAAUGGAGGGUUUUAUGAUGGCCAGGUGGGAGCAUAAAAAUGAUGAGUCACUGAGGCGAAUGUUGACCUGGAUGCAGGAGGGAAAGUUGAAGUGUACAGAGCACGUCACUACUGGGUUUGAAAAUAUGCCUGCUGCGUUCAUGGGAAUGCUGCGGGGAGAAAACAUUGGGAAGGCUAUUGUCAAAGUCUGAUGGAAGGUCUCUUAGGUUAACCAACAAUCCUUUUUAUUAUUGCUACUGCAUUAGUAACUGCAUUUCCAUGUUGUGUUUUAAUGAUUCUGGUGUUUGCAGAUUUGUCUAAUGCUUUGUGGUAUAAUAAAUAAACAUUUCCUGUACACUUUUCAA